AUGGCAGCGCUGCCAUUCCCCUGUCCUGUGCAUGUGGGUGUUGUGCCCACUGGAGGAGCACACGCUCAACUCCACAAGUACACUUGGGAGAGAAAUCUCACUAAGUUGGAGAAACUGCUGAAUAAGGGUGUUGACGUGAACUGUGUGAAUCACUUGGGUCAGACACCACUGUUCUGUGGCGCUCUGUCGGGACAAGCGAAGGUGACGGAGCUGCUCCUGCGUCACGGGGCCGACCCUAACCAUCGCUGUGAGGACUGGAGCACCCCGGUUCACGCGGGCGUGCUCUCCCGUAGCCCUUCAGUGGUAAACGGCUUGCUGGAUGCUGGGGGAGAUCUGAGACUCCACGAUAGCGAGGGCAGGACGCCCUUUGACUGGCUUAGGGCUGUGGAGCAGGAAGGCAGUGCCAGGAUGCAAGACUUCCUGGAGAGCCGCAUGUCCUCCAUGCAGCAGCUGUGUCUGGGCCCGGCCGCGACAACCCGCAGCCCGUCCCAUGCGUCUACCUCCAUCUCGUCACAGCCUGUGUCUCUGAUGGAGCGCAUGAAAGCACGGCCACUCAAUAAGUGGACAAACCACAAGAUGUCUGGUACAGUGGCCUACUGUUUAGGCUUUGGAAAGGUGUGCAUUACCAAGCCGGGCCAGGCGCUGGCUGUGCCAGCAUCUAUCCCACUGAUCAGAGACAGUGAUCUGACUCGGGCUGACGAUGAACUUCUGCUCUCCUUCUCCUGUGGCUCUUUGACCUGCAUGACUAAUCACAGCUGGAGAGGCUCCAGGGUGACAGUAAAAACAGCCAGGGACAGUCAGACAGCCAGUAUGGACCUGCUCCUCGUGGAACAAGACUACUGCAGCCAGCUGUUCCACCCACAGCUGCUGCAGCUGAUGGCGGUGAGUCUGUCCGAUGACCUCCAGAGGACCAGUUUGGUGUUUGAACCGGUCAACGUGGGCACGCUGCACAGCCUGCUGCACACCAGGCGUGCAGACUUUCCAGUGCUGCAGGACAGGUGGCUGCUGUCAGUGAUGUUGCAGGUGUCCGAGGGUCUGCAGUACAUCCACAGAGGUGGCCUGGUGAUGAGGGCCCUGUCCUCCCACAGUGUGGUCCUUACUAAGUUUGCAGUAGCCAAACUGACUGGUUUUGGCUUCAUGGUCCCCAGCAGUCAAAGUACAAGUGUCAAACUCCUCCCGCACAUAGACCUGCCCCCCAGCCUCCACAGAUGGGCCGCUCCAGAGGUCAUUAAACGGCGACCGUGCACGACACAGGCGGACAUCUACAGUCUGUGUGCUCUGAUCCAGGAAGUCUACACAGACUCUGAACCAUGGGGCACAGUGGACCUGCACGGGAUCAAACGGGCGAUGGAUGCAGGCGAGGCCCUGGUAGUAGACGGCAGCAUUCCACAGCCUUAUUAUGAUGUGGUCCUGAGAGGUCUGCAGCACCACCCACAGGACCGCACAUGCAGUCUGCAAGGCCUGUGCUACACCCUACAGCAGGAUAUCAAGAGGUUCUCCCUGGAGGAGCAGAUGACUGGUGGGCUGUGUGAACAAGAUCUGGGGUCCGAAGUCCAGGCCACAGCACAGCAUAGGCCCAUUGUGGGGGAACCAGUACAGAGCGCUACAGAACACAAUAUGCAAACAUUUGUCCAUAGGGCUGUCAGACUAGUCACAAGGCAGGCAGACACCAUGGCAGAAAGACACGUCCACCUGGACAAACAGCUGUACAGAGGAGCAAAGCCACAGCCGAGGAGAAAACGUACUGAGGGAGAACCCAUGUUCCACCAGGUGUACCCUUAUGCAGGCAUGCUUCCUCUGCUCGGUGAGUUUGACUCUGUCAGUUCUGAGGAAGAACCAGAGGCGGACAUAGACAGGGAGUUAGUGGAGCAGCUGGUUGGCCUGAAAAUAGCAACGGAUCAGCAGAUCAGCACCAUCGCAGUGAACCUCAAAGUGUCCCGGGAGCUGCUGCGGCAGGCCAGCAGGAGCCUGGACACAGUGGAAAAGCACCCUCAGGUGGACCACAGCACCUCCUUCGAGUGA